AUGGACGCAGUUGCCCUCGCUCUCGACGCGGUGGCUGAAGCGAACGGCGCGGUCGCCAUCAAGCAGGAGCAAAACGAUAGCGAUGAGGAAGAAGAGCAAGACGAAGAUGAAGAUGAAGAGGAGCAAGCUGCUACGCCGCCAGCGGAUACGCCAGCCGAGAGGAUCGAGACUGAUCAAUCGCCCAGCAACGAUGAAAAUCAGGAGUGCAUGGAGGAGUCCGAUUCUACGUCAAAAAAUGGCAACGCGAGUGAAGGCCAAGAGAACGAAAUGGAGAGCGAUUCGAGUAGCGGUUCCACGUCUGCCGAAGGAAGCGAGCAGCCAUCAGAGCCAGCAGGCCAAUCGUCACCACUCACAUCUGCUACGAAUGCGACAGCAGAUGAAGAAGAUCGCAGCGUCGCCCCUGCCCCCAAGGAUCCUGCACCUCAACAGCAACCGCACGUCGUCCGUCAGUCGAGCCCAGCGCCGAAGGAGCACUCGUCGCCAUCUGCGGAGAACCGACCCACGACAGUCAAAGACGCCACUCCAGAGUGUAGCCCCAAUACCAAACGUGCCGAGUGGUCGCGGCCGCACCAGCAACCAGAAGCGCCGCGUCGCGGCCAAUUCCACAACAAGGGCUACACGCAUGACAUGGACGAGCCGCCGCCGGAGGACGACUUUGCUCUGCUGCUGCGACGGCACAAGGAGAGCAGGGACGAGCAGCGUAGGGAACGCGAACGGCGAGAACGGGAGCGCGAGAGGGAGAAGAGAGAGGCCGAACGACGCGAGAUCGAACGGAGGGAACGCGAGCGCGAGAGAAGAGAGGUCGAAAUGGAGCGCGAGCGUGAACGAGAGCGCUGGGAGCUCGAGCGACGCGAAAAACGAGAGCGCAAGCGAGCUGCCAAGGCUGCCGCCAAGGCUGAGCAGCAGAAGCAGCAGCAGCCGCCGCCGCUGUCGGCCUACACCACCUUCGCUGGCCCUGCUUAUCGGGGCACACAGCGGCCUGCCGAGCAUCUGCCGACCUACGGAGCCGCCUAUGGUCCGCCGCCUCCGUAUGGCGCGCCGCCGUACUACCCGGCACCAGGCGCUAUGGAUGCGGGCAUGCACGCUCAAUGGCCCGCCACGCGUCCGCCGUUCGCUGUGGGCGGCGAGGAAGAGAUGGACCUCGACUCGGAGAUGGAAGACAUGCAGCAGCAAAGGAACUUCUCUUCGAUGAGCAGCUCGCUCGACUCGAUUCUGGCGCAAGCCAAGGAGACGGUGGCCCGAAGGGAAGGAAACACAAAUCAACAGCACCACGACCUCCUCAGGCAGAAGGACGAGGAGCUCGCCAGGUUGCGCAGCCUGCUCGCCGAACGGGACAGAACGUCCGCCUCGGCCAGCGCCGUUGUGGCCGCAGCAGGGAGCAAGCACUCGCAGUUCCUGCCGUCCGAUCUCGAAGGAAUAGACGACGCGUUUGUCACCGCGCUACGGCGUAAGGUGAAGGAAAAGGAAGAUGCGCUCAAGGCUCGCCAGGAAGCGGCCCUCAACGGCGAGCAUUCGCUCGUGGAGUCGCAACAGAAGCUCGCCGACACGGAAGGCCGCCGAGCCUAUCUCGACAAGAGAGCGCACGUUCUCCGCGAACAGCUUCGCGUCAUUGAAGAGAUGCGUUCGACAUGCGUCGAGGAGGAGGGUGAGAUACGAGCGCGCGUGGCGGCGCAGAAGAGCGAUCUCGCGACCAAGCGUGCGCAGAUCCAGCAGCUCAAGCGCUCGCUAGAGUCCGCGCGAGUGCGACUGGCCGAGGCCUACGUUGAGUGGAAGAUCUCCAACGAGAUGGCCACGAGCCCCGACAGCCCCGCGGCUGCGAGCUACAUGCCCUCGCCCACCGCCGCCGACGCGGCUGAAGAUACCCAGCAAGCCGCCACAACGAGCAGCACAAUCGACGAGCUGGCGGCCCUGCGCGCCGCGGUGCUGCGCUCGGCCAAGGAGCAACAGGAAAAGGCCGCACGGGAGAGGCAGCGAAAAGAAGAGGAGGAACGGGAAAGGGAACGAGCGCACGCAAAGAGAAGGGAGGAAGAGGAAGAAAAGGCAGAGGAAAAGGAGCAGGAGCAGGAGCAGGCGGAGCUGGUCAAGGUGAAGCAGGAGGAGUACGAGGAGUUGGUGCGUCUGCGCCGCGAGCUGGAGCGGGAGAGGAAGCGCGUGGAGAGGGAGAAGGCCCAGCAGGCCCAAGCGCUCGAGCAGGAGAGACAGCGAAAGGAGAAGCGCGAGAAGGAGAAGGAGCACGCCGAGCUGCUGCGCCAGUUUAACGAAGAGAAGGAGAGGCUGCUGCGGCUGCGGCGCGAGAACCAGGAACGCGAGCAGCAGCUCCAGGCGCGCCGGCUCGCCGAGGAGGAGGCCCUGAAGAAGCAACAGCUGGAAAAGGAGGAAGAAGAGAAAUCGAUGAAGAAGAAGAGGAAGAAAAUGGAAGAGAAACAACAGGAAGAGGAGGAGCGACGAAGGCGGAAGGCGCGAGAAGAAGAGGAGGAGGAAAGAGAGAAAGAGAAGGAAAGCGAAGCCGAAGAGGAAGACGAAGACGAAUCGGAGUCGAACGAAGAGGAACAGGAGGAGAGGAGCGACCAGGGGGAGGAAGAGGCCGAGGCGACGGCCAAUGGCGCGCAUGGCCACGCAGCCGAGGCCACCGCCGGCGCGAUGAACGUGGAUCUCGAGGUGGAGAGCGCCGAGGAGCACCUCUUCCCCGUCUCCCUCCAGUCGCGUUGUGUGCUGCCGCUUCAUCUGGUGCCCUCGCUCAUCCCCUCCGCCGUCUAUUCCCGACUGCCCAGCCUCCUGUGGCCCAAGGACCACUCCACCACAUCCAAGGCAGCAGGAUUUGAGCUGGACAUGGAGGGUCUCGAGUUCACCGCCCUCGCCAACGCCCGCCGACCGAAGACCAAGGCCAGCCGCCCCAGCCGCCAGGUCUCCCCCAUACCGGGCUAUCGGAGCCCUCUCAAGUGCCUGCGCUCGUGGCGUCUCAGUCCGCAGUACGAUCUGCGCCUGGACAGCCUGACGUACUCGCACAAGAUCAAUCCCUGGAUCCACCUGUGCGCCUUCGAACUGCACGGAACAUGUAAUGACGACGAAUGUCCCUUUCAGCACCUACGCGAUGCCACUCCCACUAAAGCCGAAGUGUUGGAGGAUCUGGCGAGCUAUGCGGAGGAGGUGGGCGCCGGUUCCAAGGAGGACUUGCUGCGCGAAGUCCAGGAGACCCACGGUGUCGACCCCUUGUCGUGCCUGGUGGACCUCAUCAACGAGCGGCGGUCGGACGCGUCCUACCCGCACAGCGCCGUCCUGAGCGCUCGGGCGUCACACGCCAACCCCUUCGAAGGCCGACAGCGCACGAACCGCCGCGGGCGACAAUCCAGGCCCGCUCGACCUAUGCGCGGUCCUUCGAGUCGUGACGCAAGCGCGCCGCCGAACAAGAAGCAGCGCGUGAGUCCCGCGAGGGAGCGUGCUGCCGCAGCCGGCGAAGCGUUGGAUCUGAGCACGAUAGGCCGCGAUUUUGUGCCGGUGCUCGAAGACAACAGCGACGACGAGGCCGGCGGCAGCGGCGGCGACGAUGCCAACGUUAGCAGGCAGCCCGGUCCUGGCGGCGGAAUCAGCGCCGCCAUGAGCGCCACUGGUGAUGCCGCCAGCGAAGACAGCAGCAGCCGGUACUACGGUGAGCGGUCGCUGGAGAGCCUGGAGCAGGCCAUCCGCGCCAACAAGCACAACGUGGCCGGCUGGCUCAACUACGCCUUCGUGCAACAUGCGAAGGGCCGCGAUGCUGCAACGGAGGAGGAGAGGCGGGCGGCGAAGGAGCGACCGCUGGUGGUGCUCGCCCGCGCACUGGAGGCCAACGCGACGUCGGAGGAGCUGUGGAAGGCCUACCUCCACUUCUAUCUCCACCAGGAGCGAACCCCGUCGGCCACUGAGAUCCGCGACCUCUUCGAGAGCGCCGUCAAUUUCCUGCCUCGGUCCUAUUUCAUGUGGCGCAUAUAUGUUGCCCAUAUCGACGACGUGCGUGGGCGGGCGCUGAUGUGCGAGCGCGCGCUGGGCAGGCUGGCCGAGCUGGAUCUCACCUCGGGCAACGCCGAGCAGCAGCAGCAGUACGAAUCGCAAUCGCGGGACGUGUUGGAUAUGAUCCUCCUCCUGGCCCACACCUACACCCAGGCCGGCCGGCCGGCCGCAGCCCUGGCGCGGCUCCACCACCUCCUCUUCCAGACCGCCGACCCGCACGCGGCGUCGGAAGGACCAGACGCCGAGGUCUACCAGCCCCCCGCGUCGCCCGCCGCCAACGCGGGGGCCGUCAUGGCGGCGCUCACGGUCGAGCAUCGGUGCGCGCUCGCCCUGGCCUACGUCUACCUGCUCGCCCACCGCCGGCUGCCGUCCGCGCCCGACCGCGCCAUGCGCUUCCCGCACCAGGUCUUCCUCAUCGACUGGCGCCCGCUCGCCCGCGACGUCUUGGCGCACCCGGCCGCGGCCUCAUCGUCGGGUCCCGCACCUUCUUCGUCGGCUCCCUCGCGGCUGGAGCGCCUGGCCGACGCCCUCCGCCGCGUGGUGGACCUCUUCCCGGCCGUGGCCGCCACGUCAGCAACCCCCGGCGGCGCGCUGGCCGCCAAGGCGCGCAUGGUGGCGCAGCUCAACUUUUUGCUGCUGAAGCUGAACACGGGCGAGGUCGACGCGUGUCGGCUCAUGUGCCAGCAGUACCUGCGCUCCACCCCGACCAUGGCCGAGCUGUGGAUCGUCUACGCGUGGAUCGAGGAGGUGGCCGGCAACCACAGCGACGCCGAGCUCAUCCUCAACAAGUUCGUCCUCCGCUACUCGGACCAGUUCGCCGGCUGGCACGCCUACGCGCUCUUCGCCCUGGUCCGCAAGAGCCCGGCCGCCGCGCUGGACGUGCUCGCCCGCUCGGUCGGCCAGUUCCUGACCCCGGGCCCGGAGGGGGCCAAGGAGCUCGCGCUGCCUCUCGCCACCGUCCGCUCGGUCUUCCACGCGCUUCUGCACCUGCCCGCGCCCGAGGGCCAGGCCCCGCUGCGUCUGGCCGCCACCAGCGCAGUGAAGGACCCGGAGCGGAACGUGCACUUGUGGCAAAACUUUUGCCUGUUCGAGAGCCUGUACGGCGCCUCCACGGCCAGAUCUGCCUUCGAGGCCGCGCUCUCCGCCCUGCCGACCGCCUCCGACCGCCUGCCCAUCUGGCACCAGUACGUCGCGCUUCGUCAGGGAAUCGAAGGCGCCGCCGGCGUGCAGAAAGUGGUGGACCUGCUUUCGCGCUGCUUCUCGGACGUGGCGGCCACGCCCGCCGCAGCCCCGCUCCCUCAGCAGCUGCAGAGCCUUCACCCCUACGCCCGGAAGGUCAUUCGCGACACCGCGCCCAUGUCCUACGCAUGGCACGGCCUUUUGCUGGAGUCUGCGCUGGCCGGUCUGCACCCGACGCAGCGAGGACCCGUCCAGCGUGCCGUGCUGCAGAUCGUCCCGGCCUACACGCUCCUCUCGUUCUCGGUCGCCCGAUUCGAACUCGGGCGCAGCAACAUCCCUGCGGCCAGGUCCCUCCUCGACGCGGCUCUCCGAUUGAACCCGGCCUUCGACGUGGUCUGGCUCAACGCCGCCCGGGUGCGCAUGCGCGAAGGCGACGAGGCCGGAGUCCGACAGUUGCUCCAAAAGGCCGUCCAGACUCACCCCACCUCUGCCCUUCUCUGGCUCAACUGGAUUGCGUUGGCGCGAGGCGGCGACGAACAGGCGAAGGAGACGGAGGCCGAGCGCAGGAGCCAGGCCGAGCGACGCGGAGUCGUACUGCCGCCGGCAUCCGUCAUCGUGGCGUGA